AUGUUGUACGAACUCAUUUACGCCCUUGUCGGGCUGCUCGGUUUGGCUUAUGUUGUGGAACAUGCACUCGGCCUCAGAGAUGACGCGCGCGAGCCGAGGCGUGUGUCAUCGCGGAUACCAUUGAUCGGACAUGUCCUCGGCAUCGUCAAGUAUGGCACGGUAUACUACAACGAGACCAGUGCAAGAACUGAGGACGAGAUCUAUACCCUCGACAUCAUCGCCCUCAAGAUCUACGUGAGCAGAUCUCGGCGCCUCAUACCGGUGAUUCAGAAGGCUUCCAAAACGCUUUCUUUCCGCCCGUUCGUGAAAGUGGUGGCACGGGAGAUGGCGGGGAACUCGGAGCCAGCAUGCGGUCUCUUCGACGGACCGUUCGUCGACGAGUACAGCCAAGUGGUGAAAACUGCGCUGUUGCCUGGUGCCCAUCAGGACGACCAGAAUCUGCGCAUGGCGGACUCGGUGAUCUCCCUGGUUAAUGAUCUCGUCAACGGUGGGAAGGGGAAGACGGUGGGCCUGCUAGGUUGGACUCAGCAUCUGAUCGUAGAGGCCAGCAGCUGCGGAUUCUUUGGCACAGAGCAUCCUUUCCAGGACCCGGAGGUUGAAAAAGCAUUUUGGAGAUGGCAGCUCCACCUCCGUUCACACAUGGCAGGUCUAGACUUCUUCGGCAAAGCCAAUAAGGAGCGGGAAGUUGUCCACAAGGCUUUCUUUAAGUACUGUAUUAAGCUGCAAGACGAAACUUCAAAGGUGGUAUUGGACCGCCAGCGUGUAGUAAAGGCUGCUGGCAUGGACUUUGAGGACGCCGCAAAGCAGGAAACUCUCUUCUGCGUGGCCAUGUUUGGUAACACGACACCGACGCUGUACUGGACCAUUUGGGAGUUGUUUUCGCGGCCCGCCUUGGUUGAAGAAGUCAGGCAGGAAUUGGAGGAACAUGCGAUCAUCAGGAACCCUGAAGAAAAGGACGGAGGAGAUACAGCGGGAAAUGUGCUCGACAUUGCAGCUCUGAAAACACAAUGCCCCCUCUUGUUUUCCAUCUUUCAGGAGACGCAGCGCAUGCAUCACAUCCACGCAAAUAUCCGAAAGGUCAUGGCCGAUACAUUUAUCGAUAACGGGCGCUACCUCUUGCGCAAGGGCAACUAUUUGCAAAUGCCUGGGUCCCCAAUCCAUUACGACGAGGACGUGUGGGGUCCAACAGCAAAGACGUUCGAUCCGUAUCGUUUUACAGAGAACAGGAAUAAAGAACAAGAGCCCGGCUCCAAGGUUUUUGUUCCUCCACCAAGCGGGUUUCUAGCCUGGGGUACGCCACCACACCUCUGCCCAGCGAGGCAAUUUGCAGCGACGGAAAUCCUGAUCACAGUGGCGCUACUAGUGAUAGGGUGUGAUCUCGUACCCAACACUAGCGACGGUCAGUGGGAAAAGAACCCGGCCGUCAGGUAUAGCGACGUGGCCGCGGUUCUGACCCCUAUAAAAGAGUUCGAUGUGCAGGUGAAACCUAGAGAAGGUGCAGGGAAGUGGACUGUCAAAAUGGGAAUGGCUAAGACGCAAGUAAAUCUUCUCUCCGGAUGA